UUUCGAUGACCCUUCCUUCCUCUACAUAUUAAGCCUGAAAAAAAUUAUACAUGUUGUAGUAGUAGUACUAAACUUAACUAAGCAAAAAAAUGGGAGUUCCAUCUCCUGAUUUCCGAGCUCCUCCUCCUUCUCCCGUGGCAUCCAGCCGACGGUCCUCCUUCACAGCCAAUGAAGACAUCCUCUCAGAGUUCUUGGAUAAGUGUGGUCGAGUCCCAAAUCUUGUAUUGCCCGACAAAGUCUUCCCCAGACACAGAUUCCUUGUGAACCCUCCCACCUUUGAUUUCCUCCGGUUAGGCUCCUCUUCGUUCCUCCUCAUGGAUGCCAUCGAUACCAUCGGUUGUUUUCAGCUCAUCAAUCACGGUGUUCCCGAGGCUAAGGUGAGAGCCGCUGCUGACAAAACCAUUUUCCAAGAUGAGACAGAUGAGGAGUUCGUUUUUUAUAAAGAUGUGGAUGAUGCUUGUAAUUCAGAUUUGAGGGAGUUGAUGGGGGAGGCAGAGAGGAUAGGGAAGGCCAUUAGAGAAAAGUUAGGAGGGAGAAGCCAAGAGGAAGAAGAAGAAGAAAAAGAAGGUGUAGGGGUUUGCUACGUGAAGAAGCAUACUAAUAGUCAAAUCGAAUCACAAGGGUGGGAAGAGGAAGAAGCAAUAAGGAUGCUGAUAAGAGGGUAUGAUGAAAGACAUUCUUUGUGCCUCAACUUCUGCCAUGCAGAGUUCCAUGUCUAUUCCAAAAGAGGUUGGUUCUCCUUCUCCCCGCGUCCAGAUGCGGUCGUGGUGACGGUUGGCGAUCAAGGCUGGAGCGGGAGGUUUAAAUCUGUUGUGGGGAGGCCUCUUCUUCACAGAUCAGCUCAUGCAUCUCUUCCUCGUCAUGUCGUUUCUAUCUCCUUCCUCUACACUGCUACUACUACUACUAGUACUACUACGACGACUACUCUUCUCAGUGAUGCCGCAAUAAUUACUCAUCAUCAGGAGAAGAAUACCAUUUCCAUCUACCAACAGCUCUUCGUUGCUCUUAUUCUCACACUCCUCCUCCCUUUCUUCUUUACUUGAUCAUUUCACACUUCUUGCUUCUUUUUUUUUUGGAACAUGUCUUGCUUCCUUUUUAUUUUCCUUUAUAAACAAGUGUGUCAAACUCCUUUUAGCCUUUAAUCCAUCAAACCAAUAUUCCACAUUUCCAUGCCCAACCAUCUUUGGACUAUUUACUGUGCAAAUGUGAGUUGGUAUGGUAGAUACUUGAGAGUUGAAACUAACAAUCAGUAGCAUUGGGCGUUAGAAACAUAUACUCAUUUGUUCACAACAAGGAAGCUUACCGUGUAUAUGU